AUGAAUUUUGAGAGUUCAAGUAGUGGUGUUCCUUCAUCUUUUCGUGGCCUAAGAAUUCUCUUGGUUGAUAAUGAUACAACUUCUCAGUUAAAUAUAGCAUCAGCUCUUGAAGAACAUUCUUUCAGAGUUACUACCGUGGAACUAGCAACUACAGCUCUGUCCAUUCUCGGGGAACGAAUCGAUGAAUUCGACCUUGUCAUGGCGGAUGUCAUGCCAGAAAUGGACUGCUUUGAGUUCAUGAGGUCUACUCAACUCAUCAAAGACAUACCUAUAACCUUAAUGUCAUCAAUGAUGAAGAGAGAACUGGUCCGAGAAGCAGUGGCACAAGGUGCAUCUUUCGUUUAUAUGAAGCCAAUUUCAAGAAAGAAACUCAAGAAUGUGUGGCAACAUGUGUGUACGCACCAAAUUAGCAAAGUAAGUCAAAAACCAGAACAUAACAAGGCUAAUAAUCAUGUUGAAGUAAUGGAUGAACCAUCUGGUGCUAACAAGAAAAUUCAAGAUAGGAAGGGAAAAAAAAUAGUGAAUUCUACCGAGACUUAUCAAGACCAAGAAGAAGGCAUCAUGACAUUAGAAAAAUAUGAGGAAGAAGGGUCUAAGCGAACGAGAAGUACUGAUGAGGCAGCACAAGUUAAAAAUAGUAAUUCAAAAGAAGAGGAUCAUUCUUUGGUCUGGAAAAAUACAAUGGAAGGACGAGAGAAGAAAAGACAGCGCAUGGAAUGGACACUAGAUCUUGACAAUAAAUUCAAGGAUGCCGUUUGCGAGUUAGGAGAAAGAGCCCGUCCAAAAGCCAUUCUGGAGAUUAUGAAUGUGCCAAAUUUGACUCAAAAACAGGUCGCGAACCAUCUGCAGAGAUACAGAACCCAAACACGACAAGCACAAUAUGUUCAACCAGCCAACCAAUCUCAAAUCAUGUCGCAAAUGCCACCCCCUCUAGUUCCAAUAAGUCAUUCUCAAGAUGGAGUUAACAAGGGGUACCAUCAGUUCAGGUUUAUGAGGGAAACUAGAACUUCUCUACAAGAAUGUCAUGAAGAAAAACAACCUUUGAAUGUUGAAAGUACAAUUGGGAACUUGAAUUCUGUGUUCCAGAGGUUGUCUUUUCUGGACAAUGGACAUCACUUGAAUACGUUUAAUCACUUUCCGGACAAUGGGCAUCAUGUCAAUGUACUGAAUUCAAACGUGCUCCCUAUGAACUUUAACGAACCACUUCAAGAAGAAUACUUACCUCAACCACCUGCAGAACCUUCUUUAGUUCCACCGAAUGAUUUCUUCACAGGGUUGAAUGGCUGGAACCAAGAUCCAGAACUCGACCAUUUCAAUGGCGAAAUAAUGACAGAAAAUCAGAUCGGCAGUUAUUACAAUUGGCCAGAGAAAGCUCCACUUAAUCGCAGCUCAACUCAAGAUAAUAUCUCCACAAGGAAUCGGAAUCCUUGA